AUGGUUGGUCUGCCCGCAAGAGGUAAAUCAUACAUUUCGAAAAAGCUUGCUCGGUAUCUCUAUUGGCUUCAAUUCGAGACAAGGGUUUUCAACGCCGGUCAAACCCGUCGGAGGGCACUUGCUCCACAAAAAGGAGUUUAUCCAUCUUCUGAUGUUUCUCUAAGCCACCCAGCAUCAUUCUUCGAUCCAGAUGAUAUGGAUGCUGUGAAAAGACGUGAAAAUAUUGCACUGCAGACCCUGGAGGACCUUCUUGUUUGGCUGAAUGAUGAGAGUUCAUCAGUUGGAAUCCUGGAUGCGACAAACAGUACUGUUCAGCGUCGGCUCGCAGUGCUGGACAAAAUACGUAAGACUGCUCAUCCAUGUACAGAACUUCUGUUUUUGGAAAGCUGCUGCUAUGAUUGGAGUCUCCUUGAACGAAACAUACGCCUCAAACUUUCGGGACCAGACUACAGCCAACAAAAUGAGGAAAGUGCAUUAAACGACUUUAGAAAAAGAAUAGUUCUCUACGAGAAGAAUUACGUGUCGAUGAAUGAAAGUGCAGAAGAAGAGGAAACCCCUUACUUGCAGCUCCACGACGUCGGAAGACGUGUCAUCGCAAAUCGCAUCAACGGAUUUCUAUCUGCCCAAGCUACGGAAUAUCUCUUGAAUUUCAGAUUGCAUCAACGUCAAAUUUGGAUUACACGAAAUGGAGAAAGCAUUGAUGAUGCUGAUGGGAAGAUAGGAAGAAGUUCUUCGCUUAGUCUCAGGGGCACGAAGUUUGCCCACGCGCUUUCAGUCUUUAUCAAGCAACAGCAACAGAUAUGGGAAGAGGUCAAAACAUACAACAAAUCUCGUGUAAAGGCAGGUGAGAACAAGGAGAUUCUGACCUCGCAGGAAGACAUCACUCGCUCCAACUUCCAAGUCUGGACAUCGAUAAUGGUUCAAGCUGUGGAAACGAGCAAAUUCUUCCCAGAGGAUGAGUACUUGAUUAGAAAAUUUCGCACGCUAAAUGACCUUCACGCUGGACAGAUGGAAGGUCUGACCUUUAGCGAAAUAUUGGACUCACAUGAGGAUCAGAUGAAUCUGCGGCGGCAAGAUCCCGUCCAUUAUCGGUGGCCUGGUACUGGAGGGGAGUCAUAUGCCGAUGUCAUUCAUCGACUACGUCCGAUUAUUAUGGAACUAGAACGACUCGAUGACCACGUCUUGUUAAUCACCCACCGUGCAGUCGCGCGUGUGCUCCUUGCAUACUUCAAGGAGCUCGAUUGGGAUAGGAUUGCAGACGUAGAAGUGCCACCGGGAAGAGUAUUCUGCGUGGAGCCAGUAAGUGCAGCUGAACUAUCAGAUGAGAUCUCCUGA